AAACCUAAGGAGAAAGAGGAGUUACACAAGCUGGGGAAUGCCGCAGAACGACAAGCCUUCCAAGCGUACCUGAAAGAGCAAAGGAGGCAAGCCAUAUCCUUACUAAAGAAGGCAAAUGCCCCUAUGCAAACCACAAAAGAUACAAUCCAGAAUGAAUCAUAA